CCCUUCCCGCGGGGUCCCCUACGCCAGCCCAGCGGGGCAUCGGGGUGGAACUGCCAUCAUGUCCCCAGGCGCAGCUCGGUGGCCGCCCGUGCCCUUCUGCUUUUUGCUUAUUUUCCAGCCACCUAAGUCCAAUCUGAACGCCCAAGUCGGUGAUUAUUGUUUGCCUGCUUCCAAAGAUUGGUAGACAGAUGCCUUUUUAAAAAUCUCAUUUUUCUUAAAAUCUGGUUUACGUGGAAAACGUUAGGAGAACUCAUAUAGGAAGGGCAAUAGGGACCCCUAUCUUGAACCCGGUCUGUCAUCCCACUGAAAUUCUACCACGUGGAAGAACGCUUGCAGGGUCGGAACUGUGGAACUGCCCAAUAACCAGUCGUUAUUGAGGGUCGAGAUUGUGGAGGAGGGGACACACUGGUUCAAAAAUUCUGAUUAAUGACAGCCAGUUAAGAUUUCUGAGUUGCGCUUGAAGUCCUUUGCUUCAAUCUCAGCCAAAUCAUCCUUGGCAAGAGAGUCUGUAUACGGGCCACAGCUCACAAAAACAGUUUGAAAAAAUGUAUUUCAAGAACACUGUUUGUAAAAUGAAUCCCAAGACCCAGGACAGACUUUCCUAAGGUGAGAUGUGUUACUUACCCGGAGCUGUGAAGGGCUUUAUGGAUGGAAACUAGACGCUGAAUUUUCCAAAAUGUUAAGAAGUCCCCCCAGCUGAUGGCCCCCUACUUUCUUUUUUAAACCAAAGGUAAGAGCUAGUAGUUAAACGACAGUUCUAAGCUUGUCCUUUUGGGUUAUGGCAGCUUCUGCUAUGAAAAGAUUUGGGAGUGAUUCAGUCACUUGGGGAAGGUUGGGGCUGGAGAGAGAAAUGGUUUUGGUGCUUUCUGGUCUAAUGAGGAGGAUAUGCUGGGCCAAAGCAGGUGCCCUGGGGCUCUCCCAGGCGGGGGAGAAGGUGGGUUCUGCUCCUGCAAUCUGGAUUAGGUGGGCCCGGGACAGCCUCUUAUGUCCCAGCUGGAAAGCCUGACUGCUGGGUACGUUUAUAGGGCUGCAGAUAGGGCUUGGCUAAUGGAUUACCUCAAAAUCAACAAGAGGAAGUUAUAAACAUGUGACUGGACUUAUUAAUUUUUCCUGGCUGGGCAUUUGGUGGACUUAAUUUGUUAAUGUUUAAUAAAUCCUCAUGGAUCAUAAUUGUAAUAGAAUCUCUCAGACGUUUGAUGUUACUUAGAAUCUCUGGAGGGGACCAUGAAGGACACUCAGACGGGGCUGCACAUGUGCAGAGAUCUUGUAAGGUGACCAUAACUUUCCCCUGUACCAUGUGUGAAAUAAGCUGCUGGAUGUGUGACCGGAAUGGCGGUCGGCGGCUCCGACAGUGGCUGAUCGAGCAGAUUGACAGUAGCAUGUAUCCAGGACUGAUUUGGGAGAAUGACGAGAAGAGCAUGUUCCGGAUCCCUUGGAAACACGCUGGCAAGCAAGAUUAUAAUCAGGAGGUGGAUGCUUCCAUUUUCAAGGCCUGGGCAGUUUUUAAAGGGAAGUUUAAAGAAGGAGACAAAGCUGAACCAGCCACUUGGAAGACGAGGUUACGCUGUGCUUUGAAUAAGAGCCCAGAUUUUGAGGAAGUGACGGACCGGUCCCAGCUGGACAUUUCCGAGCCUUACAAAGUUUACCGAAUCGUCCCUGAGGAAGAGCAAAAAUGCAAACUAGGCGUGGCAGCUGCCGGCUGCAUGAAUGAAGUCACAGAGAUGGAGUGUGGUCGCUCUGACAUCGAAGAGCUGAUCAAGGAGCCUACUGUGGACGAUUACAUGGGGAUGAUCAAAAGGAGCCCUUCCCCACCAGAGGCCUGUCGGAGCCAGCUCCUUCCAGACUGGUGGGCGCAGCAGCCCAGCACAGGUGUGCCACUGGUGACGGGGUACACUGCCUAUGACGCGCACCAUUCAGCGUUCUCCCAGAUGGUGAUCAGCUUCUACUACGGGGGCAAGCUGGUGGGCCACGCCACCACCACCUGCCCCGAGGGCUGCCUCCUGUCCCUGAGCCAGCCGGUGCUGCCCAAUGCCAAGCUGUGCGGGCCCGAGGGCCUGGAGCUGGUGCGCUUCCCACCGGCCGAUGCCAUCCCCAGCGAGCGACAGAGGCAGGUGACCCGGAAGCUGUUCGGGCACCUGGAGCGCGGGGUGGAGCUGUACAGCAGGCGGCAGGGUGUGUUCGUCAGGCGGCUGUGCCAGGGCCGGGUGUUCUGCAGCGGCAAUGCCGUGGUGUGCAAGGGCAGACCCAACAAGCUGGAGCGUGACGAGAUGGUCCAGGUCUUCGACACCAGCCAGUUCUUCCGAGAGCUGCAGCAGUUCUACAACAGCCAGAGCCGGCUUCCCGACAGCAGGGUGGUGCUGUGCUUUGGGGAAGAGUUUCCGGAUAUGGCCCCCUUGCGCUCCAAACUCAUUCUUGUGCAGAUCGAGCAGCUCUACAUCCGGCAGCUGGCAGAAGAGGCCGGGAAGAGCUGCGGUGCCGGCUCCGUCCUACAGGCCCCCGAGGAGUCCCUGCCAGACCAGGUCUUCCGGAUGUUUCCAGAUAUCUGUGCCUCACACCAGAGACCGUUUUUCAGAGAAAACCAGCAGAUCACCGUUUAAGUGCGUCGCUUGGGCGCCCUGCCCCGCCCGCGUCCGGCACCCAUCUCCCUAUUCCUGUGGCCCUCAUCAUCGUUCAAGGCUGUGGAUCCCUCUGGCCGGGGCGGGAUGCCUUCCUUUGCACUUAAUUCAGUAAGCGCAUGCUUGGAGGAGCUGACGUUUAACAGUUGGCGGCACAGCCCUGCCGAUCAGAUGUCGAUGGUGGGAUCUGACUCUGAAUGUCCCGGAUGCUAUAGCCACGACCUGUGGCUACAAAUGGUGUUUUCUACAUUUCCCCUUCAUUAUCAUUAGUUGCUAUGAUUCUUUCUGCAUUUUCGGCUAACUCUCAUUUCCAAAGACUUGUCAUUCAGUAACAUUAGUGGAAAGCUGCUUCGAGUCAAGGAAUUUGGGGUUGAAAAUCAACUUUUGAAAACAAGGUUGUUUUUGUCUUUAUCUUUUGUUAGUUAUAGAUUUAUGAUUUCAUAGGCUUGAUUCUAUGUGAAAUAUCUUUUUACUUUUAAGCAUUUUAAUAAGAUUUAAAAUUAUUUAGAUACAAGCCCUCCCCCCCCCUCUUUAAAGAGUGCAAGAAAAACUCUUGGGUUGUUAGAAGAAAGGGUAUUCUUUCUAGAAUUCAGUGCAGGAACGUGUUCA